GCUACGACGUGAUUGGCUGAAGGUCAAUGCGUACUUCGCUCGCGGACUGUCACGUCCUAGUCUAACCAUAUAUCUCGACUCGAGACGAUAAUUAUUAUCGCUCUCAAAACAAAUCUAAUUAUAACCUUUCAAUUGAUUACACAUAUACUGUCGUUCGGUGCCCGUUUUGAGGAUGGCCGAGAGCGAGGCAGACACGCCAAGCACCCCGAUAGAGUUUGAGAGCAAAUACUUCGAGUUUGAUGGAGUACGACUUCCACCCUUCUGCAGAGGAAAGAUGGAGGAGAUCGCCAACUUCUCCCUCAGAAGUAGCGACAUAUGGAUUGUCACGUAUCCCAAGUCAGGUACCAGUCUACUUCAGGAGGUGGUGUAUCUGGUGAGUCAGGGGGCGGACCCAGAUGAGAUUGGUCUGAUGAAUAUCGAUGAGCAGCUUCCUGUUCUGGAGUACCCUCAGCCUGGCCUAGACAUCAUACAGGAGUUGACAUCUCCUCGUCUGAUAAAAAGUCACCUGCCCUACCGCUUCCUGCCUACAGCCAUGCACAAUGGAGAGUCCAAGGUGAUCUACAUGGCGAGGAACCCUAAAGAUCUUGUGGUGUCUUACUACCAGUUCCACCGCUCCCUCAGAACCAUGAGCUACCGCGGAACCUUCCAGGAGUUCUGCAGACGCUUCAUGAACGACAAGCUGGGAUAUGGUUCCUGGUUUGAGCAUGUGCAGGAGUUCUGGGAGCAUCGCAUGGACUCAAACGUCCUCUUCCUGAAAUAUGAAGACAUGUACAAAGACCUGGGGACGUUGGUGGGGCAGCUGGCGAGGUUCCUGGGUGUCUCGUGUGACAAGGCCCAGCUGGAGACCAUGGUGGAGAGUUGCAACCAGCUCAUAGAGCAGUGCUGCAACUCAGAGGCCCUCUCCAUCUGCAGGGGUCGCGUGGGACUGUGGCAGGACAUCUUCACCGUGUCUAUGAAUGACAAGUUUGACACGGUGUAUAGACAGAAGAUGGGCAAGUCUGACCUGACCUUUGACUUCGGCCUGUGAGGACCGGACCGACGGACCACAACGACACGAACACGGACUACACUCCUCCUCCUGCUGCCUAAACACUGUACACUCCUCUGCCUCUCUUCAUCAAUCAAUCAAUCAAUCAAUCACGUAUUGGAUAUAAUGUAUAUAUCAAUCGCUCCACCGCCAAAGACUAUAGCUGUCAAUCAACCAACCAAUCAAUCACCCAAUAAAUUAGUCAGUCAACACACCAAUCAAUCAAUAUAAAGAUUGCAUCCUUAAAAAGCUCACAAAUAAAUUUUAGAUUUAUCAAUCAAUCGGUCAGUUUCUCAGCCAAUCAGCGAGAUCCUGUUUUAGCCCAAUGUGGCACAGAUCCCAUCCCCCACCCCCAUCUAUGUCCCCCCUCUCCGCCCAUCAUUCCAUUCUUCUUCAGUAUGUACCGCUGUGUAUGUAUACCAGUGCUCUUUAGCGAGUUGUGUAUGUGGCAGUGGCCCCAAACCUGAGGGAAACGCAUGGAAGUUUGUGGCGCCGUCGCCAAACCAAUACAGAGGAAGCUUCCACAUCUCGUUCAACACUUAACGUUGAGACAGUGUUAUGUUUUUUAAACGCUGUAUGAAUGCUAUGGUGGGGAAUCUUAAGUCCAGCUCAGAGUCAAGUAUAGAAACCCCCCAUGACUGCCCUUUGAUACAGAGCAAGUGUUCAGUUUUGGCUGUAUCCAGGUCAGUUCCUAUUUGACCUAGUCCUUCAUUUUAGCACACGUUUUUCACUUUCAGUACAUUACAUAGCUUGUUUGUUACAAAAAGGCUUUCAAUGGGCAUUAGCUUAAUCAGCACUAGACUUUUUGUAACAGCCUUUCUUGCUGAAGUGAAUGGGGAUGUGUGUGUGUGUGUGUGUGUGUGUGUGUGUGUGUGUGUGUGUGUGUGUGUGUGUGUGUGUGUGUGUGUGUGUGUGUGUGUGUACAUGCUCGUGUGUGAGCAAAAUCACAAAAACAACACAUCACAACUGCCUUUCAUAUCAGUUCUGUUUGUUCAUGCUGCUAAAGUGAUGCCUUUCUCUGUCCUCAGACCCAUAGCCACCUAUAGAGUUAAUGUACUACACUGAGACAACAGAGUAUCCCUCCAUGUUACCAGCAUUCUCUGUGUGCUAUCCCCCAAGUACAUGUCCCUUCAGACUGGAUCCAAAGUUGGAUGGAUGGAUGUAUUCAUCCCUCCCCAAAGGUUAGGCAUCAAAACAUAAUCGCCCUCUGUUUGUCAUCAGAGCCCCCUUUCUCUUCUAUUGCUUACAUCUCUUUCUCUUCCUCCUCCUCCUCUCUGCUUUAAAUGCCCUCAGACAGACCAGUAGACCCUCCCCUCCCAACCCCUCUGCUCUGCUGGACACUUGUGAAUGUGUUUAUUGAUGUGGAUGUAACAAUCUCAACAGACCCCUCCCACAGGCUCAGUUCUCUGCUUUAGGACUUCCCUCUUUCACUUUCUCACACUCUGGCUGUCUCUCUCUUUUUCUCUCUCUCUCUCUCUGUGUUUCUCUCUCUCUCUCUCUCUGUUUCUCUCUCUCUCUCUGUUUCUCUCUCUGUCUCUCUGUUU